CCUUGUUCCCCCUCCCCUUCUCCGUGGCACAGGGGGUGGGUGCUCGGACGCAACGAUUGGAUGGUCUAGGCGGUUCCCCCUUCGUGCUUCUUGGGAGAAUGUGCUCUCAUGGCACUCAUUCGCGGGGUAGAGAGACAGGAACAAGGUCAUGCAUGCACGCGCUCUGCGGCAAAGGCAGUGUAUUACAACCAGGGGGGAGCAUUGAGGAUGGGCAACCGGAUUGGAUUUGGACAAAGCUCGUCAUCUCCGCUGGGAAUCCAUGCACACGUGUCCAUCGUUUACAUUUCUCAUUUCUCCCCUAUGAAUAGCCAACCUGCCGCCACGAGAGAAGGCCUACUUUUGUACUGUAGGCAACAAACAAGUAUCUGCUGUACAUGUACUUGUAAACAAGCAAAGUUCCCAGGCCACGUUUGUGUUCAAGGGUUCCACGCUUUAUGCUUAUUAUACAUGUUCAUUCAUUCCAUUUCCAUCGGUUGUUUGGGUGCUGUUUCCAGUUGGCUGUUCUUGGACCGAAGCUUGUUUUUCCCAUCACCCUCCUUCGACAAAAGUCGACUUGAAGGAAGCCGUUUCCCGUCCUCGCUUCCUCGUACCGGCUGAAAAGAGCGAGAAGAGAGAAAGGGAAAUAAAAAAUAAAAAAUGACGGGAUCUGGGACACGAUCCAGAGAGACUGCGAGAUCUGGAACACGGCCACUGCCAGGCA